AUGAAACUCCUGGCCUUCAUUGGGUCGUUGGCCCUCCUUUCCGUUGUCCUGUGCGCAGAUGAAAAGCCGAAAGGACCGAAAGUAACGGACAAGGUGUUUUUCGACAUUGAAAUUGGAGGGAAGAGCGCUGGAACAGUUGAGAUUGGACUCUUCGGAAAGACCGUGCCCAAAACCGUCAAGAACUUUGUUGAACUUUGCAAGAAACCAGCUGGGGUAUGUCCGUUUUAUUUUUUUCUUGAUUUUUAGGCCUGAAAACAGUGUAUAGAAAUAAUUUCUAUAUUAUACAUGGUUCGAGACCUAGUUGUACUGUAGGAAAACCCGUGUCUCUGAUCUAUUUCACAUAAAGCAACCAAAGUUAGGUGUAAUCCGACCUCUGCUUUCAGGAAGGAUACGUGAACAGUGGAUUCCAUCGUGUUAUCAAAGACUUUAUGAUCCAGGGAGGAGAUUUUACAAAGGGAGAUGGAACUGGAGGCAGAUCCAUCUAUGGCGAAAAGUUCGCUGACGAGAACUUCAAGCUGAAGCAUUGGGGAGCUGGAUGGUUGAGUAUGGCAAACGCUGGCAAGGACACCAACGGAUCUCAGUUCUUCAUCACCGUCAAGAAGACCUCCUGGUUGGAUGGAAGACACGUCGUCUUUGGAAAGGUCCUCUCCGGUAUGGAUGUGGUAAGGAAGAUCGAGAACACCAAGACUUUGUCCGGUGACAAACCAGAAUCCCCUGUGAUUAUCGUGAAAUGCACUGCCGAAGAAGUUGCUGAACCAUUCGCCGUUGAAAAGGCUGAUGCUCAAGAAUAA